GCGGGCGCGGCGGGCCGGGCCGGCGGGCGGCGGACUAUGAGGCGCCCACCAUGGUGCGAUGCGACCGCGGGCUGCAGAUGCUGCUGACCACGGCCGGAGCCUUCGCCGCCUUCUCGCUCAUGGCCAUCGCCAUCGGCACCGACUACUGGCUCUACUCCAGCGCGCACAUCUGCAACGGCACCAACCUGACCAUGGACGACGGGCCCCCGCCCCGCCGCGCCCGUGGCGACCUCACCCACUCGGGGCUGUGGCGGGUGUGCUGCAUCGAAGGGAUCUAUAAAGGGCACUGCUUCCGGAUCAAUCACUUCCCAGAGGACAAUGAUUAUGACCAUGACAGCUCGGAGUACCUCCUUCGCAUCGUCCGCGCCUCCAGCGUCUUCCCCAUCCUCAGCACCAUCCUGCUCCUGCUGGGCGGGCUCUGCAUCGGCGCCGGCCGGAUCUACAGCCGCAAGAACAACAUCGUGCUCAGCGCGGGCAUCCUCUUCGUGGCGGCAGGCCUCAGCAACAUCAUCGGCAUCAUCGUCUACAUCUCCAGCAACACGGGCGACCCGAGCGACAAGCGAGACGAAGACAAAAAGAACCACUACAACUACGGCUGGUCCUUUUACUUCGGCGCCCUGUCCUUCAUCGUGGCCGAGGCCGUGGGCGUCCUGGCGGUCAACAUUUACAUUGAGAAAAACAAGGAGUUGAGGUUUAAGACCAAGCGGGAGUUCCUGAAGGCCUCCUCGGCCUCCCCGUACGCCAGGAUGCCCAGCUACCGGUACCGACGGCGGCGCUCGCGGUCCAGCUCGCGGUCCACCGAGGCCUCGCCCUCCAGGGACGCAUCCCCCGUGGGCCUGAAGAUCGCCGGGGCCAUCCCCAUGGGCGAGCUGUCCAUGUACACGCUGAGGGAGCCCCUCAAGGUGGCGGCUGCCGCCAGCUACAGCCCCGACCCGGAGGCUGGCUUCCUGCAGAUGCACGACUUUCUGCAGCAGGACCUGAAGGAGAGCUUCCACCUGAGCAUGCUGAACCGGAGGACGACCCCCGUGUGAGCCGCCCGCCCCUCCGGCAGCUCCGGCCUCUCCCAGGACAGACAGGGGGGUGACGGAUCCUUAGGAUGGACAGAUGGAUGGUAAGCCGAAGCCAAACCCAAUCCUCCCUGAUCUCUGGAAGGCAUCGAGGGCUGGCCUAGAGAAGGUGCCCGGAGCCUGGAGUCGGGACUGCGGUGGAAGCUGGAGGCUGACUUUAUCCCCAGAAGGGUGCUGUGCCACCUCGGGGUUCCCAAAGCUCCUGGGAGGCCCCAAGAGCUUUUCCCACAUCUCCACGGCCUUCGCCAACCUGGGAAAACAAAAUUGAGCCAUUGUCUCCUCUUGGAAACACAUCUUGCCACAAGAAUGGGAUCUGGGGUCUUCGCUGGGCACCAGGAGGGUCCCUGGGCACGUGUCAGCUACUUUUUGGCCUGUGGUUCCCGUGUCUUUUGAGCCAGAACCAAGGAAAUCGAGGCGCUCUCUCUUCCUGUCUGUCUGUCUGUCUCUCAGUCUCUUUCCGGCAGUGUGGCCUGUUGUUGAAAAGCAGGGAUCCUGAGGCGAAAGCCCCAUGGCCGCCUGGUGCUUCAGCCUCUGUGCUGUCCCGGGGCUGUGUCACUGGAUCUGCGAGACGGAGGCCUGCGGGGGGAUGGGGCAGAGGAGGCCUUGGCGGGCCUGGGCGUGAGUGUUGCUGAGCUUUCCUAUCUGUUUCUGGAAGUUUCUGCCUGGCGUGAGGGAAAGACCAGGGGCUGUCGGUCUGCUCCCACCACAGGCCAGUGCAGGACGGGCCGACUGUGCUUGAGGGCCUGGGGCAGCCCGCUGGUCAGAGGACAGCCUUUUGCUGUGCCCUCCCCACGGGUCCCAGGACGUCCACCCGAGGAGCAGCUCCGUCCCACAAGCGGCGUGGCCAGGGAGGGACGGACACCCCCGGCUGACCUCUGACACGGGCAGCCUCAAUCCUGUGUGAAAAAAGGGAGACCCAAGGUGAACCGCUGCCAAAAAAAAAAAAAAAAGAGAACAAAUCCAUUUCCAAGGUGGUUAUUAGGAGAGCAAGUUGCAUUCAUUUCAUCUUAAAAAGUAACAGCAACACCUCCCCUACUUCCUAUUAUUAUAAUUUAUUCUGCUACCCCCUAAAGGACUUGAUGGAGGAAGUUUGGAUAAAGGACAGAGUUGUGCUUUUCUGUCAUCUUACAAAAGGAACAGAGCUCUCAGCAUUAGAUUUGCAACAGAGGAAGCAGGUUCAAGGUCUUGCUUUUUCCAGCCGUUUUGCUUUUCCUCCCGAAGCAAGCAAAGGAAGUGGAAACGUGUCCAGGUUUCAGAAGAAAAACUCUCCUGACCAUGGAGCUUGCCCUCUUUUAUAUAAAACACGUGCUUUCUAAAGAUAAAUUGUUUCUUACUUUUUGAGACUUCUUAAUUCGAUUUUGAACAGUCGUCUGUGAUCCCGGUAGCCGUUGUACUUAGGAGCGAGGAGCAAACUUACCUCAGCCAGCUGCUCACGGCGCCCCCCGGGUGAACUCGGCCCCCGGGAGCAAAGCGGGUCCCUGCUGCCUGGGGAUGACGCCAUCGUCACGCCCACCCUCCUUCCCACCCAGGAGAGGAAACCUGCUCACGUGCGGCCUCCGCGUGCCCCUGUGCGCUGGUGAGCUGAGACGGGGGAUGCCCCAGGGCCCCUCUGCUCGCCCGAAACCCUUUGCUCCGGUUGAGGUUGGCUCUGGCGGUGUCUGCAAGCAUGCACAGCAGUGAACCGGAAGCACCAGGGUUCGCUGCCUGCCCCGCUGUAGGUCCACCCGUCUGUCUGCCCACCACUCCCCCCAGCACCACCUCCCCCAUCCUCCCUUCUUACCCAGGCUGAAGGAAGGGGACGUACUCUGUAGACCCUGCCAUCCAUCAAGGCCCCAAGACUCUUCUGUGACUUCCAAAAGCCAGGCAGCCUUGCAGUUGCUUCCAGGUAGGCCACUGCCCCACCCACCCAGAAGUUUCCAUGACUCCAUGGAGAAAGCUGUGUUCCAAUGAAUCCUACCUCUUUCCCAGUCCCAGGCAGAGAGCCCAGCGCCCAUGCUAGGGACCAAGGAGGAGUAGAAAGAAGGGGUAGAAGAGACAGAGGGUGACAGAAGCACAGGGAGCAAACCCACCUCCGAUCCUUUGGCCUUCGCAGACAUUCCCACCGCCGCCCAGCCCCCGGGAGAGCCUGCCUCCGCGUGCACCCCGUCGUCCUGCAUCCCGGCCUGGACUUGCCCCGGGGAAGAGAAGGCAGCGCCAGCUCCGGCCACCAGGUGGUCUCAGGCCAUUCUCCCCCCCGCCCGGGGUUGUGGUGGCCCAUCCCGCCUUCUCACACACCUCCAGCCCCUCCAGCUCCCGUGUGUUCCACCAGAUAAGCACCCUGUGAAUCUGUACCCACUCCUGGUUUGGGGUUGUUGCUUGUCUUUUUUUUAAUUAAAGAAAAAUGUUUUUAAAA